CCUCCGAGGGCCCGCCCCUCUAGGCGCUGCUUCCGGGUGGGUCCCGGGGCCGAGGCGAUGGCGCCUUGGGCGCUCCUCAGCCCUGGUGUCCUGGUGCGGACCGGGCACACCGUGCUGACCUGGGGGAUCACGCUGGUGCUCUUCCUGCACGAUACCGAGCUGCGGCAGUGGGAAGAGCAGGGGGAGCUGCUGCUGCCCCUCACCUUCCUGCUCCUGGUGCUGGGCUCCCUGCUGCUCUACCUGGCUGUGUCACUCAUGGACCCGGGCUAUGUGAACACCCAGCCUCAGCCCCAGGGGGAGACCAAGGAGGAGCACACAGCCAUGGUGCCCCAGGCAGUUGCCCUCCGGCGCUGCAGAUUCUGCCUGGUGCUGCAGCCCCUGAGGGCCCGGCACUGUCGUGACUGCCGCCGCUGUGUCCGCCGCUACGACCACCACUGCCCCUGGAUGGAGAACUGUGUGGGCGAACGCAACCACCCGCUCUUUGUGGCCUACCUGGUGGUGCAGCUGGCAGUGCUGCUGUGGGGCCUGCACCUGGCAUGGUCCGGCCUCCACUUCUUCCAGCCCUGGGGGCUGUGGCUGCGGUCCACUGGGCUCCUGUUCACCACUUUCCUGCUGCUGUCCCUCUUUUCCCUGGUGGCCGGUCUGCUCCUGGCCUCGCAUCUCUACCUGGUGGCCAGCAACACCACCACCUGGGAGUUCAUCUCCUCACACCGCAUCACCUACCUCCGCCAGCGCCCCAGCAACCCCUUCGACCGCGGCCUUACCCGCAACCUGGCCCACUUCUUCUGUGGGUGGCCCUCGGGCUCCUGGGAUACCCUGUGGGCUGAGGAUGAGGAGGAGGGGGGCAGCAGCCAGGACAUUUAGCAUCACCAGAGGCCGCCUGCCAUCUUGGCCAGGCCUGGGAGAGCCAAGAAUCCCUGCCUCCCAGGAGCAGUUCCGCCUUCUCGAGGAAGA